AGACAGGCUACACUGCGGCCUAUAAUCAUUUUUCAAUUACCAAAAAUGGGGCUAGUAUCAGAUAGAUAGAGCAGUAGGAACCUUAACCCCCUGACACCACAUUACAAGUCGAUCAGGACGAGCGAGCAAAGCAUGUAGAUGUCUACCUGUUUCGCGCCCUCUAGUGGAAGUAUCACUGAGCAGACAUUUGACUCACAAAUUCCAAUAUGGCUCCCCAGCAACGGUCUUGGUUACCCGUUGAUGACAAACAUUGCGGGAGAUAUGCCUCGUGGGGUGCACCUGUUACUUGAAGACGUUUAAGAAGAGAAACAGUAUUAUGCUUUGCCACAGAUCCCAUCCAACGACUGUGUUUUGUCAUAUUUUACUCGAUUGUUUCAUGUUUCUGUUCAGUUAGCAAUCUCAAAGUUACUUUAUUAAUAGCUGAUAACGAGUUGAAAUAGUUUAAGGUAACUUAAAAACGAUAUCUGUCUAUCAACAACUUCACCUGCUAGCAUAACUUAGCACGAUGCUGCGGUACUGUACCUUUCUGCCAACCACAAAUACUGAACGACAGAGUUGGCGUACUCGAAAGUGUGUGAAAAUACUUCCUGCUGUUUUGUUUUGUUUAAUUUAAAUGUGAAUGAAGGCUAAUGUGAACAUAACUAACCAGUAAGUUCAUCCUUGGACGAUAUUUAGCUUCUGUAGCAAGGAAAGUAUGACACUGCUUGAAAAGCAACGACAAAUCGCAGAUGAAGAAGUCAUCAAAGAAUUGUGCUCUGCGAAUGGGUUAUCAUAUGACAAAGUGUGUCAAGAUGGAAGUGGUAUUUCAUCGUUGGAGGUAUUCUUCUCGGGGUACCCACGCAUGGUUGGUCUCUCCUUAUUCCCCCGCCUCUCCAAACUCAUCAUCUUGGGUCAGAGCAUGACCCAAAUUCAGGGAUUGGAGCACUGUCCUCUGCUUAAAGAACUUUGGGUCGCAGAAUGCCAGUUGAAGGAAGUUUCCGGAUUGCAUAACUGCCUUCAGCUUCAGAAGUUGUAUCUGUUUGAUAACCACAUUAGUGAAAUUGCAAACCUGGAACUACUUGUAAACCUCGAGGUUUUGUGGCUCAACAGCAACCACAUCACUAAGACUGAGGGACUGUCAACACUUGAAAAUCUUAAGGAACUGAACCUAGCAGAAAAUGUCAUAGAAAGAAUCGGACACAGUCUGGAUCCCAACAUCAAUCUACAAAACCUCAACCUUUCAGGAAACCAAAUCAGCUCCUUUAAGGAGCUGACACCACUGGCAGUACUGAGCCAGCUGAAGGAGCUGGGCCUGCAGGACCCACAGUCUGGGCCCAACCCUGUGUGUCUGCUGUGCAACUAUGCCACUCACGUACUCUACCACCUACCUCAGCUGCAGCGCCUGGACACACAGCACAUCUGCAGCAAAAAUGUCAAGGAUGCAGCAGGGUCCACUGUGUUGAAGAAGAUGAUGUACUACAACAUGCGUGUGCGUUUAGUGCAGAGGCAGCUGGCUGAGACUCAGGCCAGACUGCUGGAGCACAGAAACUUUCGCCUGCAGCUGCCCAGGGACAGAAUACACAUGCUCACCUGCACCCUGAAGACGCUGGAGCUGGAGCUCUCGGAGAUGCAGGCCACUGGCAAGAAAUCGGCACGCACCUGGGAGGAGGCGCCGUCUCCGUUAACGGAAGGCUCCGGAGACCCAGGCGACACAGCGUCCGAACUGAGCCGCGACCCGGGCCAGGAGCAGAGGCUCCUGGGAAAACUGGACGCGCUCAGGGAGAGGCUGCGCCUGUGGAACCAGAGGAUGCAAGAAGCAGAGGCACAGAGCAAACGAGAGCUGACGCUGGCUACAGACAGGAAGAAGAUGAUGGAGCACUUCCUGGUGCUUGAGCUGGAGACCGUGGGCAACAUCCGCCUUGAGGAGGGCAGGGCCAGCGACACCUGGUUUACUUCCUGUUACGACUUGCUGCUAUCGCGUUUCUGUGCGCGGGACUACGCCAAAUACGGCAUCACUGGCAUCAAGAUCAAGCACAUCAUUCGGGUCCAUAACCGCGCUCUGCGCCUGCGCUUUGAGAACAAACUCCACAGUCUUCUAGCCAGCAAAGACUCCCAGCUCUUCUCACAGAACUAUAAGCGAGGACUGGACUACCUGUUCUAUGUGCCUGACCCUGAACAUGCCCCUGAGGAAAAUGAGGUUCUGCACAUCUUAGAAAAUGGCUUUGAAAGUGCGGAUCACUACAAGACACUAGGCAGAGAGAGGGCAGUGCCACUGUCCAACAGUGUGAGUGCUUCUGAAUGCCUGCGAAUAAACUUCAUCCAGAAACAGAGGACCAAGAGUGCGCAGGAGUUUAGCUCAGACCCCUUACCCUUCAGACAAGGUCAGCUCAUCAUCUCAAAGGUGUUUCUGGGCCGUAGUGUGGCACUGAAGGAAGGGGUACCUGUACACCCCGCCCACUACCCCAAAGCACACUCAGUCCGCAGCAUCAACCAGAACCACCAGAGCACAUACAAGACUGGACCUUCAGCAGGUGUGUGUGUGUGUGUGUGCUUGUCAUGCUGUGAUUGUAACCAGCGUCAGACUCAGUGGUUCGUGUUUGAUCAUGAACUGGUGCUGCCAGAGUACCUCGUCCACUUUGAGUACAUUACACAGGAUGGCGUUCAGAACUCAUCUCCACAUGGUGGUGACCUUGACCCUGCCGGUGACCCUAUAUCGACCUUUAGCCUGGCUCGGGAUGCUGAGGUGCUGGCUAUGCAGCCCCUGCUGAAGCCACGGCCCAAGCUCCUAAGCCUGGAUGAGAAGACCCUCCUGAACGUGGCCAGGGCCAACGUGCUUAGCCAGAUCACUGUACUGAAUCUCCAUGGUAAUCGCCUGACUAAGCUGAAGGAGAUCUCUCGUCUCACGGCUCUCCGCUCCUUGACCAUCAGCUUCAAUGAGCUCACACAGCUGGACGACAUCUCACACCUGCCCAACCUGGAGAGUGUGGACGCCAGCUUCAACCACAUACUCUCGCUGGAUGGUUUACGAGGCCUGCCGCGCCUCAAGCAGCUCGACCUGGCCUGGAACCAGCUGAGCCACGUCCGCGAGGAGACCGCCAUCCUGCGCAAGCACGCCCCCGCCCUCCUGCGGCUGGACACACGCCACAACCCCUGGCACAAGUGCGAGUCGGUGCGGACGCUGGUGUUGGGCCGCCUCAGGAGCCUCACUCACCUGGACGACGUCCUCAUCACAGAGGAGGAGGCCGCCGCAGCGGUCCAGAUCGCCGUGGGCUCCAGGAUCAACCAGGCCUGCCUGGUGGCUCACUCCCGCACAGAGGCUGAACGGCCUCGCAGCCUCAGUUUGCUCUCUGCAGCUCAGCUUCUCACACACCUGAAGCCCUCGCCCUUUGACCUUCGCUCUGACCCGGCACCUGGCUGGACCAGCAAGAUCACGUCUCUGAAUCUCGAUGGUCAGGGCCUGACGCGUCUCACUAACCUGGACAAGCUGGUGAACCUGCGCUGGGCUUCCUUCAACAACAACGAGCUGGGCCGGGUGGAGUGUCUGGACAACUGCACUCUGCUGGAGGAGCUGUCCCUGGAUAACAACAGCCUCUGCAAGCUGGAUGGUAUUUCCCAUCUCCACCGCCUCACUCGUCUCAGUGUGAGUGGGAACCAGCUGACAACGCUGGAUGGCACCGUCCUCGACCGCCUCCCCAACCUUCACUUCCUGUCCGCAGAGAACAACUUCAUUGGCUCACUGUAUGGGAUUCAGAGGGCACGCCUACUCUUUGAGCUGUAUGUGGGCAACAAUAAAAUUUCAACCACCAGGGAUAUUUAUAACCUCAAGGCGCUGACAAACCUGAUCAUCCUGGACCUGUAUAGGAACCCGCUGCUGGAGAAGCUGGAGAACUACCGCAUCUAUGUGGUGUUCCAUCUGCCCUCCCUCAAGGCCUUGGAUGGGGUGGCUGUGGAAGUGUCAGAGUGUGAUAAUGCCAAGGAUACGUUUGGAGGGCGACUGACCCCAGAUAUGGUGGCAGAGAAACUUGGCCAUUCCAACUACAAAGAUAUUACUGAGCUGGAUCUACAGUACACCUCCAUAAGGGUGGUGGAUCUAGCUCCCCCUGACCUGUUUCAGAAUCUUCACAGCAUAAAUCUGGAGCACAACAAUCUUACCUCAUUCAGUGGCCUCAUCUUCCUACCCAAGGUCAAGGCUCUCUGCCUGAACUACAACCACAUUGAGUCCAUCUUACCUCGCCAGAAGCUGCCUGUGCAAAUGAGCAAUAGACAGAUGCUUUACCAUAAGGUCAGCUCCAGUGGAUACGGGCAACAGGGCUCCAAUAAGGCCAAUCGGGAUUGGGAUCCAAGAGAUAGUGCUGAGCCACUGAUGUCCAGUCUGGAGGUUCUCCAUUUGAGUCACAAUGGCAUCACUAAUCUGGCCAAUGUACAGCUGAGCAGACUGACCAACCUGAAAGCUCUAUUUCUGCAAGGAAAUGACAUCAGUCUAGUGGAGGGGCUGGAGGGCUUGACCACCCUGCAGGAGUUGGUUCUGGACCACAACCGGAUCAGGGUUCUGACUGAGAACUCGUUCUUCUCGCAGACGUCCCUCUUGGAGUUGAACCUGUCUGAGAACCGCCUGAAGGACCUCACUCACCUGCAGCCACUGCCACGGCUGCGCAGACUCUUCCUCAGCAUGAACAAGCUGGAGGACCUCACUGAACUAGAGAAACUGGAGGUUCUACCAUCUCUAAUAGAGCUGUCUGUAACAGGAAAUCCAGUGGCACGACGGUCCCUCCACAGGCCAGCAGUGGUAUUACGCCUCUCGAGACUGCAGGUGCUGGAUGGACUCAUGGUCACACUGGAGGAGCGAACCAGAGCUGAGUUACUGAGCACAGAUGCACAAUGUGCUGCAGUGGACAUGGCCCUCCCUACUCUGCUGCCAUAUAUAUCCCGGGUAACAACGCUGAGAAGUGGGACUACAGGAGCACUGCUUGGACAGGAGAUCCUCUUGGACAACACACACUCACACACCUGCAAGAAGCAGAAACAAGGUCGUGGGGGUCAGGCAGAAGUUGCAAUGCAGCCAUUAAGAGGCGGGACUGUGCCCAGCGGCCACAAAAUCCUCCUCACAUACCCUGAUGAGGACAACAGGUUCCAGAGCAACAAUGGCCCAAAGCCUUCCCACAUGUAGAAGUGCAGAGGAGGCACACAAAAACAUUUUCUCUUUCUUGUACACACAGAAGGCAGUGUUCAUUUUAAUCCAUGGCGGAAAUAUAUAUAUAUUGUUAUAUUAUAUUUAUAUAUUGUUUUACUUUCAUUGAUUCAUAUCAAUUUGAAUUUCAUACAUUAAUAUGUUGGG